AGAGGUAGAGACAGCCAGACUGAAUUCCACAGAGAUGGUAAACAGGGGCUGCCUAAAGAUCUUCAGCAUCUUUAUGAUGGCUCAGCUUAUCCCCUUCAAGGAGGCGCUGGAAUGUAUGGUGGGAGAGUAUGAGGUGGAUGGGAAGUGCUGCCCCACCUGCCAGGCAGGUUACAGGGUAAAUGAGACAUGCACUAUGAUGACAGGCACGACAUGUGUGGCUUGUGAUCCCGGGACCUACACAGCACACCAGAGUGGCCUGAAGGAGUGUCUCCAGUGUAAAGUCUGUGACCCUGAAUUUGGCUUCAUGACCACAAAGGAAUGUUCACCUACAUCCAACACCAUCUGUGACUGCUCCCCAGACCAUUUCUGUGCUGACAUGAAAGAUGAUGACUGUGAGCUGUGUGUGCGUCACCAAGUCUACACCGCUGUCCAAUAUGUGAUGUCUGCAGAUGGAAAUUUAUGAGUCCAUGAUCAUGAAGUCUGGUUUCAGGUCUCCUGUAUCAUCUACAUGGACUUCAGACAGCCUGGGGCAAACCUGGAAUUACGCAGAGCUGGGAAAAGUCCACCAAGGCCUCCCUCCUCACUGGUGUCCUCCUCCAAUGUGCUUUGGUGGCACAAAGUGACUCUGAAUCUUUGUUUCUUUUGUCUUUUUAAAUGAACUAAUUUUUUAGUUGGCAAAAAUCUAUUUUCUCUCCUUCUCACCUUUCCUCCCUCAUGGGAGAAGAAAAACAAAAGCACAAACCUUAAUAGCAAAUUAUAUGUGUGGUCAAACAGAGCGCAUCCAUGCAUUAGCCAUGUCCAAAGAGAACAUAUGUCUCCUUCAACACCUUGAGUCCAUCACCUCUCCAUCAGGACAUGGGUAGCAUGUUUAAACAUGAGUCCUCUGGAAGUGUAGUUGGUUAUUCCAUUGAUCUGAGGUCUGGAGUCUUUCUCAGUUGUUUGUCUUCACAAUAUUAUUGCUACUGUAUAAGCUGUUCCCUGGUUCUGCUCACUUUGCUCUACAUCAGUUCAUACAAAGUUUUCCCAUGUUUCACUGAAA